ACACUAGUGUCAAAAGCAUGUUUCCACUGCGCCGUAUUCCCUUUACUUUUGUGUCGAAACGAUUUUUGUCCAAUAAUGAUUCAAAUCCUAGUUGUGAUCCCAGUGGAAAAGCGGAAAAUCUAGCUCCUUCGAAGAUUAGUGCCGAUGUACAGGCGGUGAUCAAUGAACAGAUCAAUGCCGAGUUAAGUGCAGCUUACACCUACCUAGCGAUUAGCUAUUAUUUCGCCAAGUCCACCGUCGGUCUAAUGGGAUUCUCAAAGUUCUACCAAGCAAUGUCUGCGGAAGAAAUAGAACACGGGAACAAGCUGGCACGCUACCUGCUGGCUCGAAAUGGUUCCGUCGAUUUGCACACCGUCAAGAAACCCGCCCACUGCAGCUGGGGCAACAUUGGAACAACCUUGAACGAAACCAUCCGGCUGGAGAGCUGCGUCUCCGAGUGUCUAUCUCAGCUGUACCGUACGGCCGAGAAACACCACGAUCUCGUAACGACCGACUUUAUUGUUGGAGAAUUUCUCAAAGAGCAAAUCGAAUCGAUAAGAGAUGUCAACCUUCUGAUCGCAAAAUGGCGAACGCUGGAGAAAGCCCCCGAUGGAGCUUACCUGCUGGAUAGGGAGCUGCAAAGGAAACAUCAAAACUGACUUAUUUCAUAUAGAUUUAUUUGUAGCGAUUGGCACCAAAUUUCGGUUAAAACAUUGCACAUAUGCCCUCAUUAAAAUUGUCAGUUUCGUAAUACUAUUUUUGUGUGAUGAUGUUUUUGCUUUGUCGUCUAACGGUUAGAGAUAGAUUACAGCUCGAAGUCAUCCACCGAGCUGAGAGUGGUUUCGAUUAGCAGAUUAAAAUCUAGCUCGUUCAGGCUAGCCUUGGCCGUUAGCAAAUCCAGAAAGCAAUCCAGCGGUUCCUGCAUCUUUUGCACGGCACUCAUCUGCUCGCCAAGAUCUGUCAGCCGAGUGAAAGGAAUAGGACAUACACAGGCUGCGUUAAGCUCCGAGUUUUAUUUUUAAAGGAAACCAACGAAUAAAACAACGCAUUGAACAUCUAAACUGUCUCGUUACAUAUAUACAAUCUUAC